UAAGUAGCAUGCUGCGUGGCCUCACGAGGCUCCUUCUUGACCUUAUCCAGUAGGUGUUUACUUCGGUUUUGUCCUAUAUUAAUAGUUCGGUUGUAUGGAUUUUACCCGGCAGCCCGCAUCUCACGAGGUUCUCGGUCUGAUCAUCAGAAUGAAAAACAAACAUUCUUUCCGUGCGCUCAGGCUGCUGCGCAUUCCCUUCGUUGACCACCGCCAGCAUCAUCAUACCAACAUAAUACCUGUUCAUCGCUAUCAGGGCUGUUCUAUGCAAUGUCAGCGUCUUCGAGUGAUAUACCAGCUUUGAUUGGCUUUGGUUGUGAAGCAGUCUUGUAUGGCAGUUACUGCAUUCUUUUCAUCAUCUCAUGGGUAGUCUUGGGUCAAAACCGACGUUCGCCAAACCUUAGUAGCCCUGUUGUUUUUGCCAAUUGUUUGCUCUUUCUCUGCUGCACUGCACAUUUUGCCCUCGAAUUCAAUCAUUUUUAUACAACUCUUGAGUCAACAGGAGUCGAUGGGUUUUCCGCGGAGACUCCUGGUCUUACGGGCGCAGAUUUCCUUAUCUCGUUCACGGAUCUCGUUGGUGACCUGGUUCUUGUCUACCGCUGCUGGAUGCUUUGGGGUAAGAACUACUAUGUAGUCAUACUUCCUCUUCUUUCUGCCUUCGGUGGCUUCGCUUGUAUCAUGGAGGUACUCCACCUCGUCAUUGUCACAGACCCCACCUCGCCCGCACCUCCGGCCGCUAUAGUGACGCUAGGGCUCGCAGGAUAUAUCCUGCCCCUCGCCACCAAUGUCAUCGUCACCUCUCUCAUAGUUUACCGCAUCUGGAUCUCCUCCCGUAUUGUGAAGGAAUCACCUGUGGUCAUCGGCCAAGGCGCCUCCUAUCGCGCGAUGAUGCUCAUCAUCGAAAGUGGUGCCCUCUAUCUUAUAGUACAAUUCGUGUUCGUCGUACUCUUCGCGAUCCAACACCCCGCACAAGGCAUCGUAGCGGUGAUUGCCACCCAAAUAUACGGCAUCGCACCUACCCUCAUUAUUAUUCGGGGAUCGCGCGCCGUGGGGGCGACACAGGUACUUCGGGUACCCAGUUCACUGUCGAAAACAGCUUGGCCGAAACCGAUAUGGAUAUUCGGAUGAAAGACUUCGAUCUCACCCACAUGAAGGGACACGAUGAGAUCGAGAUUGCAGAGGUCGAGAUGGGGCCUACUAGCAAUUACGAGAGUGCUUCACCUGUAUAACACCUUGGCAGUGUACCAAAAGCAUCUUGAAG